AUGCUGACGGAUAAGUUCCUUGGACUGCAGUCCAUUUUCUUUCGCCUUCUGGGUCUGGAAUUGCUGGACGAGCUGGAUGUCAGUCAUCGAUAUCCCCGGCGAAGCAUCUGCUGCAUCCUCUCGGUGGCCACCUUUUUACCUCUGACCAUCGCAUUUGGCCUACGAAAUAUCCAAAAUGUGGAGCAAUUAACCGACUCCCUCUGCUCGGUUCUUGUCGACUUGCUGGCCCUCUGCAAGAUCGGCUUAUUUCUGUGGCUAUACAAGGACUUUAGGUUUCUUAUACAGCAAUUUCAAGGUAUCCUGCAAAGGGAAAUUCAAUGGGAAGUCGGUAAAAAAAUUGUCUCCAACGAAAACCAUCGGGAUCAGUUUAUCAGUGCCCUUUACAGCUACUGUUUUGUGACGGCCGGGUUUUUAGCCUGUCUGAUGUCACCUUUGUCCAUGUUGGUCAGCUACCAUCGAACAGGCCAACUGCAGCCGGAUUUGCCCUUUCCCAGUGUAUAUCCCUGGAACAAUACGCAUAUUUUCAACUACUUCGUUUCAUAUUUCUGGUGUGUAAGUGCUGCUCUGGGCGUGGCUCUGCCCACCGUUUGCGUGGACACUCUGUUCUGCUCUCUGAGCCACAAUCUCUGUGCUCUUUUCAAGAUUUCCCGUGAAAAAAUGAUGCAUUUUGAGGGCAAAAGUCUUGGAGAGACACGUGAAAACCUGGUGCACAUAUUUAGUUUAUAUGAAGAGUGUCUGCAACUGGGACAUUCCUUAAAUGGAUUCUUCAGGCCGCUCAUCUUCGCCCAAUUUGUGGCGGCCUCUUUGCAUUUGUGUGUCCUGUGCUACCAACUAUCUGCCCAUCUCCUUCAGCCAGCCAUGCUUUUCUACGCCGCUUUUACGGCAGCCAUUAUCGGCCAGGUUUCCAUUUACUGCAUUUGCGGAUCGAGUGUCAAUACGGAGAGUCAGCUUUUCGGACAGGCCAUCUACGAGAGCAACUGGCUUAAUCUUCUGGAGGAAAACAGCCAGCUUGUGAGGUCUUUGAAGAUAGCCAUGAUGCGGUCGAGAAGAGGAUGCCCCAUCGAUGGUUACUUCUUCGAGGCCAAUCGGCAGACACUUGUAAUGAUUGUGCGCAGUGCUAUAUCCUACGUAACGCUCCUCAGAUCGCUGGCCUAG